GUGGAGCUGCUGACACAAACAGUCAUUAGCAGACGACCCUUUUGGAACAAACUAUGCUUUAAAAUGUAAACUGUCGGGGGGGGGGGCAUUUUCCUUGUGUUGUCCAGAAAGAACUUUCUGCUGCCUGAGCCUGGAUUAAUCAUGAGAGAGCUUGUCAACAUUCCACUGGUACAUAUUCUUACUUUGGUUGCCUUCAGCGGGACUGAGAAACUUCCAAAAGCCCCUGUCAUCACCACUCCUCUUGAAACAGUGGAUGCCUUAGUUGAAGAAGUGGCUACUUUCAUGUGUGCAGUGGAAUCCUAUCCUCAGCCUGAAAUUUCCUGGACCAGAAAUAAAAUUCUCAUUAAGCUCUUUGACACCCGGUACAGCAUUCGGGAGAACGGUCAGCUCUUCACCAUCCUGAGCGUGGAAGACAGCGAUGACGGCAUUUACUGCUGCAUAGCCAACAAUGGCGUGGGAGGAGCUGCCGAGAGCUGUGGAGCUCUGCAAGUGAAGAUGAAACCUAAAAUAACUCGUCCUCCCAUAAACAUAAAAAUAAUAGAAGGAUUAAAGGCAGUUCUACCAUGUACUACAAUGGGCAAUCCCAAACCAUCAGUGUCGUGGAUCAAGGGGGACAGUGCUCUCAGGGAAAACUCCCGCACUGCGGUUCUUGAAUCCGGGAGUUUAAGGAUUCAUAAUGUGCAAAAGGAAGAUGCAGGACAUUAUCGAUGUGUGGCAAAAAACAGCCUCGGGACGGCAUAUUCCAAGUUGGCGAAGCUGGAAGUUGAGGUUUUUGCCAGAAUCCUGCGGCCUCCUGAAUCCCACAAUGUCACCUUUGGCUCCUUUGUGACCCUGCGCUGUACAGCAACAGGCAUCCCUGUCCCCACCAUCACCUGGAUUGAAAAUGGAAACACUGUUUCUUCUGGGUCCAUUCAAGAAAGUGUGAAAGACCGAGUAAUUGACUCAAGACUGCAGCUGUUUAUCACCAAGCCAGGACUCUACACAUGCAUAGCUACUAAUAAGCAUGGAGAGAAAUUCAGUACUGCAAAGGCUGCAGCCACCAUCAGUAUAGCAGAAUGGAGUAAACCACAGAAAGAUAACAAAGGCUACUGCGCCGAGUACAGAGGGGAGGUGUGUAAUGCUGUCCUGGCAAAAGAUGCUCUUGUUUUCUUCAACAACUCCUACGCAGACCCUGAGGAGGCCCAAGAACUACUGGUCCACACUGCCUGGAUUGAACUGAAAGCAGUGAGCCCAUUCUGCCGGCCGGCUGUUGAAGCUUUACUGUGUAACCACAUCUUCCAAGAAUGUAACCCUGGGGUGGCACCUACUCCUACACCCAUCUGCAGAGAAUACUGCCUGGCAGUAAAGGAGCUCUUCUGUGCAAAAGAAUGGCUAGCGGUGGAAGAAAAGACCCACAGGGGACUCUACAGAUCUGGGAUACAUCUGCUCUCCAUGCCGGACUGCAACAAACUCCCCAGCAUGCACUGGGACCCCAUGGCCUGUACCAGACUGCCAUAUUUAGAUUAUAAAAAAGAAAACCUAACAACAUUCCCACCAAUGACGUCCUCAAAGCCGAGUGUGGACAUUCCAAACGUGCCUCCCUCUUCCCUGUCUUCCUCCUCUGUCUCACCUACAUACUCCAUGACUGUAAUAAUCUCCAUCAUGUCCAGCUUUGCCAUAUUCGUGCUUCUUACGGUAACCACUCUUUAUUGCUGCCGAAGACGAAAACAAUGGAAAAAUAAGAAAAGAGAAUCAGCGGCUGUAACCCUCACUACUCUUCCUUCUGAGCUCUUGCUAGACAGACUUCAUCCCAACCCCAUGUACCAGAGGAUGCCACUUCUUCUGAAUCCCAAAUUGCUCAGCCUGGAGUAUCCCAGGAAUAACAUUGAAUAUGUGAGAGAUAUCGGAGAGGGAGCAUUUGGAAGGGUCUUUCAAGCAAGGGCUCCAGGCUUACUUCCCUAUGAACCUUUCACAAUGGUGGCAGUGAAGAUGCUCAAAGAAGAAGCCUCAGCAGAUAUGCAAGCAGACUUUCAGAGGGAGGCAGCCCUCAUGGCAGAAUUUGAUAAUCCUAACAUUGUGAAACUCUUAGGCGUGUGUGCGGUGGGGAAGCCGAUGUGCCUGCUCUUUGAAUACAUGGCCUACGGGGACCUCAAUGAGUUCCUCCGCAGCAUGUCCCCUCACCCCGGACGCAGCCUCAGUCCCAGCGACCUGACCCGCGGGGCGCAGGCCUCCAGCCCCGGCCCACCGCCCCUUUCCUGCGCCGAGCAGCUGUGCAUCGCCAGGCAGGUGGCCGCCGGCAUGGCCUACCUCUCGGAACGCAAGUUUGUCCACCGGGAUUUGGCCACCAGGAACUGCCUUGUGGGUGAGAACAUGGUGGUGAAAAUCGCCGACUUUGGCCUCUCUAGAAACAUCUACUCGGCUGACUACUACAAAGCCAACGAAAACGACGCCAUCCCCAUCCGUUGGAUGCCCCCGGAGUCCAUUUUCUACAACCGCUAUACCACAGAGUCUGAUGUGUGGGCGUACGGGGUGCUCCUGUGGGAGAUCUUCUCCUACGGCCUGCAGCCCUACUACGGGAUGGCCCACGAGGAGGUCAUCUGCUACGUGCGGGACGGCAACAUCCUCUCCUGCCCAGAGAACUGCCCCCUGGAACUGUACAAUCUCAUGCGUCUGUGUUGGAGCGAGCUGCCUGCAGACAGGCCCAGUUUCACCAGCAUCCACCGAAUCCUGGAACGCAUGUGCGAGCGGGCAGAGGGGAGUGUGGGAGUCUGAGGUCGAAGAUGGGCAGGUAGAACUCUCCAGUCUCCUCUCGGACUCUAGGAGCCUGCGGAGUCCAGCACCAGAGGCCCAAGAAGCCCAAGAUAGGAAAUAACAGUAGCGGGCAUGGGUACCAUGUUGUUUGUUUCUCAGAAAAAAAAAAAGACGGAGCAGAACUCCUGGGGUGGGUGGAAAGUGGGUCAUGGGAAAGGCAGGGGAGGAAAAAUGUCAGAUAAUUGGAGAUAACUACUCUUCCUCAUGGGGAAAGUUUGUAUUAUAUACUGUACAGGAAAGAAUGUCAUCCUGUUCAGUUCCUGAAUUAGCUGGCAGCAGAGUAAGACUCAUCUGCUGUAUUAAAUUUUGAUACAAAAUGCAGCUGAGAGCUCCAUUUUUAAUAGAGUUCAUUCUCGUCCAUUAGGAAAGUAGCGUAUCUUCCUGUAAGAAGUUUAGCUCAAGCACAGAAAACUACAAGGAAGGGAAAACCAUUGAUUGUCUCCUCACCCAAAGACGGGUGUUGGUUUUUUAUUCAAUAUUUCUUGAGUUUAACGCACACUUUUAUAUUUGGUUGUAUUCUACAGAGUUGUGGCUUACUUUAUUGAUAGGUUUCCAAG